GAGACCGGGAGGAGGCGGAACCGGGGACCCCGGGGCUGGGGUUCGGAAAGUUUGGGACCGCCGGGCCCUCGUCGCCCCCGCCGCGGCCGGGCUCAGAGUCGGAGCCGGUUGUCAUGGAGAGAGUUGUGAAUCAGUGCCUGCGUGCGGCCUCAGACACACCCAUGGCGACCCGGGGAAGGCCCCCCGCGAGUGUAGCCGGCGGGCGGCUGACCUGUUGCGGGCGGUGUCCGGCCUCACAUAUCAGCGACUAUCGUCUAUUCCACAAGAUGAGUAACAGCCACCCUCUUCGCCCCUUCACUGCAGUCGGGGAAAUUGAUCAUGUGCACAUUUUGUCUGAACAUAUUGGUGCCUUGUUGAUUGGGGAAGAAUAUGGCGACGUCACAUUUGUUGUGGAAAAAAAGCGUUUUCCUGCCCACAGGGUGAUUUUAGCAGCCAGGUGCCAAUAUUUUCGAGCAUUGCUGUAUGGUGGAAUGAGAGAAUCUCAGCCUGAAGCAGAAAUCCCUCUCCAAGACACCACUGCGGAAGCGUUCACAAUGCUGCUCAAAUACAUCUACACAGGGCGGGCGACGCUGACAGAUGAGAAGGAGGAGGUGCUGCUGGACUUUCUGAGCCUGGCUCAUAAAUAUGGAUUUCCAGAGCUGGAGGAUUCUACCUCUGAGUAUCUCUGUACCAUACUUAACAUUCAGAAUGUCUGUAUGACUUUUGAUGUUGCCAGUCUCUACUCACUUCCCAAGUUAACUUGUAUGUGCUGCAUGUUUAUGGACAGAAAUGCCCAGGAGGUGCUCUCAAGUGAAGGCUUCCUCUCUCUUUCUAAGACAGCACUUUUAAACAUCGUAUUGAGAGAUUCAUUUGCAGCUCCUGAAAAAGAUAUUUUUUUAGCCUUGUUAAACUGGUGUAAGCACAACUCAAAGGAGGAUCAUGCUGAAAUCAUGCAGGCUGUGCGUUUACCUCUGAUGAGCCUCACUGAACUCCUGAAUGUGGUGAGGCCUUCAGGACUGUUGUCUCCUGACGCCAUUCUGGAUGCUAUUAAAGUCCGAUCAGAGAGCCGGGAUAUGGACCUCAAUUACAGAGGCAUGCUCAUACCAGAAGAAAACAUUGCAACUAUGAAGUAUGGAGCCCAGGUUGUAAAAGGGGAGUUGAAAUCUGCCUUAUUAGAUGGUGAUACUCAAAAUUACGAUUUGGACCAUGGAUUUUCUAGGCACCCAAUUGAUGAUGACUGCCGUUCUGGCAUUGAGAUUAAGCUAGGUCAGCCGUCCAUUAUCAAUCACAUACGGAUACUCCUUUGGGACCGGGACAGCCGGUCUUACUCAUACUUCAUUGAAGUGUCAAUGGAUGAACUUGACUGGAUCAGAGUGAUAGAUCAUUCGCAAUAUCUGUGUCGUUCUUGGCAAAAGUUGUAUUUUCCAGCCCGUGUCUGCCGGUAUAUUCGAAUAGUUGGGACUCACAAUACAGUGAACAAGAUUUUUCACAUUGUGGCUUUUGAAUGCAUGUUUACAAACAAAACCUUCACUCUGGAGAAGGGGCUGAUAGUUCCCAUGGAGAAUGUUGCUACCAUUGCUGAUUGUGCCAGUGUGAUUGAAGGAGUCAGUCGGAGCAGAAAUGCCUUGCUGAAUGGGGACACUAAAAAUUAUGAUUGGGAUUCUGGUUACACAUGUCACCAGCUGGGAAGUGGUGCAAUUGUGGUUCAGCUGGCACAGCCGUACAUGAUUGGGUCAAUAAGGUACCCUUUUCUGCUCCUGCCCGUGAGCCACUGAUUGUGAAGCCGCGUCAUGACGAGGAAACUGCUGGGAUCAAGGCAGAUGGCCUUGCUACAGAGAGGAAUUGAUGAUGCCAGAUUUAAACACCGGCAAAGAGCUAUGAAAGCCGCAUACCUGCUUACCGUGUCGCUGCCCGAAAGAUCUCCAACAUAAUGAGACUUCACUUUUGAAAUAUCAUAAGACCAUCCGAACAGUUCCUGAUAUUUCUGAUGGCAGCAUCUUUCUUAAAGAAGGGACAGUAUUGGAAAGAGUCACCUUCAAAAAUAUAAGAAAGCUGUUCUUCUUCUCAAGGGCUCUUUGGCCUAGACAAAAUUUUCUCAUAUAUCCACAUUGAAAGCAUAAGAUGAAAGAAUUUUUAUCCUAUUGGUCUAUGUAAUAUGAAAUUUAGAUCAUAAGCUGGGGCCAAAGCAUAGGUUGUUAAAUAAGAGUUUACCAAGUGAUCAAAUAAUCUAUAAAAGAUUGCUUGGGCAAUGUUUAGUUCAUGUUGGAAAAUUAACCAAGGGAUUUAGAAAAAUAGAUUUGCAUUGAAAGCAGGAAAUGUGCUGAUUAUAAAUUUUUUAAUGUGAUAAUUUAUGCAAAAUUAUUUUGCAACUGUUGAGGUCUGUGUGAAUAUGAGGUAGGAUGAUGAUUAGUUGUUCACCAUUCAUUCCACAUUCAGGCUUUCUGGCAUAUUGCAGCUGUAGCCAUGCUGUUUGGUAGUAUUGCUAACUUUUAUGUUGCCACCUAGAACCCGUGAUUCAAAACUUAAUCCCUAGAAGGAGUAAAAUGAUAGCCUCAGGUAGCUGUUAAAGCUGGUGGUUUUGUAUUGUCUCAAAGUUUCAGAAAGCUUUGCCUCACCCAGUUUGCACAGUGAGAUCCUGUAGGCGUUUCCUCCACGGGCAGACAGUGCACCUGCAUGAUACUGUGCCUGCUGGAAGAGCCCGUGGGGCAGCGCCUCCCCUCCCACCCUGAUCUCACGCCUCAGUGAGCCAGCACAGUGGAGCCCAGAUCUGCACUUUGCCACCUCCUUGCUUCUUUUUUUUUUAUUUUUAUUUUUUUAAAUCACGGGGCUUCAGUGACUCAACACAGGAACAACGCAAGCCAGACAGCCAGCUGCAAAAGAAUACUGUUAACCAGCGCCUUUGUUUCCUCCCCUCCUGGAGUCCCAGCUUUGAGAGAUUGAACAAGAGCAGACAGCGCGCGGCCGCUCUGACGUCCUCUGCCUGCCGCGUUUCCCGGGGACCCAUUUCCUCUGUAUUUCCCCCUCCUGCUGUUGCAGGAGGACUGCUGUCCCCUUUGCCCACUUAGAGGCAGGGCCCCCGCGGUGGCGGCUCCUCAGGAGUUGUCGUGUCUGGGAUCUGCAGGGCAGCCGCCGGGGCUGCUUCACACACUUGUGAGAAAAGGGAGUACUUGGCUGCGGGCUCCUGCCGAGAAUCUCAUUUUGGACUUGCAGUCCUCCAGCGGCUCCUCUCAGCUGGACUUGUCCCCCAGCUGAGGACGAAGCUGCGCCCCGUGCCAGCCGACAGUAGGGAGGCCUCUCAUCUUUGGGAGAGUCCGGGUUCUCGCCAGUGAAGUUGCUGCUCUGCAGCUGUGUUAAUGCCCCCUGGCCGCUGUCACUGGCGCCCUCCCGCCUCUCAACAGAGAAGACUGGAACAGCGCCCCUAGUGGGUUGUCUGUCUCUCCGCUUGUCACCCAGAAGAGUGGGAAGUGGACAGGUGUAAAUGGGUUGAGGGCACUGAAGGUUCCCUUGGUGACCCCAGCUUCGUGUCUGCGGCAUCUGUUCCUCUGGCUCAUGACCUCUGGUCCCCUAUCAUGGAAGUUAGCCUUCCCCUGGUUAGCAGCCGAGAAGCGGUCAGGACUCCUCCUGGCCUUUCUUCCUUGACCCUACCCUGAGCCCUCCUUGUCGCCGCCCACCCUGCUCCCCUCGUGCCGCUGCUGAGGAGACUUUGACUGUGUCAGCUGUCCCGACUUUGCAAGGCACGCUGCCUGCAACUCUGCUAACUCCGCCCAGCCUGCUGCACCUGAGACUGCUUCGCCUCGCCACCCCACACUGCAGCCCUGCGCCCUCCACUUCUACGAGGAGUCUUUUACUUGAGUGGAAAGCGCUUUCCCACCAUCUUUGUUCUCUUUAUCUAGUUGUCUCUCAGGUCCUGUAGCCAUCACACCGUCGUUGCAUUGCCAUUCUUAUCACUGUAAUAUCUGUGGGGGAACAUCAGAAGUUCAUGAAAAGUGGAAUUAAAAGACAAGUUUAUUUUGGUACACAGAGAUUUUUAAAUCUGUGCAUACAAAGGAUCUUCAAAAAGUUCCUGGAAAAUGUGUAUUGUGAAAAAACUAUGCCUGGAUUUCAAAAUUUUUUUGCACCAAAAUAAACUUACCUCUUAAUUCCACAAGCAUUUUGAAGCAUAGUCAUCCUUUCUGUUGAAUACCUUUUCUGUCUACCCUGCUAUCUUAUCAUAGGCCCCAUGUGUUCCAAGUAACAGAAGUCAAAAAAAAAGGGGGGCACAAGCUCCAAAUGGUGCCUUUAUUUACAUGAUUGGGAGGUUUCUCAAGGAAUAGAAACGCUGAUGACCCUCCCGGGAACAUGGAGUCCGCCAGGAGCCAGGGCGGCCCUCUGUAGGCCAGUCUCUGAUUCCUCUGCUUCUCACUGAGGGUGAGUUUCAUUGCUUCUUUGUGCCUGUGGUGAAAGAGGGUCACCCCAGAAUACGUGCAUCUUUAAUCAUCUAAUUUUAAAUGAAUGGGACCAAUUAAGCUAGAAUCUCACAUAAGUCUCAGUUUCUGAGAAAGGAAUUUUGUUUAGCUCACCGUAGAUUGUGUGGCUUCCUAAGAUACAGUCACAGCUGCAGGACCAGCUGAGCUCAGGAGCCCGCCAUGUACAUUUUGAGAUUGGGCUGGAAAGAAUUCUCAGGGAGAGGACUGGUAUACAACAUACAUACUGUACAUGUGCUGCACGUUAGGAUUGGAAGGGCUCAGAGAAACCACCAAGGUGUCAUAAGGGAUAAAGCAGAAAUACAGCUAAGUAACUUCAUGGUGGUGUUACUUAGUACUCAAUAAAUAUUUUUUUAAUUGUUGAAUAGAAGAUUAUUAUUUCCGAAGCAGGUAAAGGAUUUCUUUUUAAGAUUUACUUAUUUACUUGAGAAGUAGAGUUACGGGGGGGGGGUGGGGGGGUCUUCCAUCCACUGGUUCACUCUCCAAAUGGCUGCACCAGCCAGAGCUGGGCCUAUCUGAAGUCAAGAGCCUGGAGCUUCUUCCAGGUCUCCCACACUAGUGAAGGGGCCCAGGGAUUUGGGACAUCUUCUACUGCUUUCCCAGCCUAUAGUUGAGAGCUGGAUUGGAAGAGGAACAGCCGGGAUACAAACCAGUGCCCAUAUGGGAUGCUGGUGCUGCAGGCGGAGGCUUAGCCUACGAUGCCACAGCGCCAGCCCCAGUAAAAGAUCUUUAACUCAGAAUAGUCUGUAUGAAUUUUUGAGGUCAAGAAUAUCUUUGGCUUUGAGAGGUUUAGAAGGGAUUCAAUGACAAGUUAUUACAAUCUCACGCGUGUCCUGGCAGUCCAUCUUCCCUGGGUUGGUUGUUUUCACCCAAAUGAGAACAGUUUUAGCAGCAGCAACAGUGUGAGGCUAGGCCUUCAAGUGGCAUUUCCCACAUGUUGGACAGUUAGAAGUAGGCCAAACAGGCACUUGCUCCUGGCCUAAAAGGUACCAAUUCCGUGGAGAAGCUUUUGCUCUCCACUGUUAUUCUUCAACCAUUGUUCACAAUCUGGCACAGAAUUAAUCCCUUAAGAAGGAUGGAAAAAAUGCCAUUCAGCACAACAUAGUUUGUCAUCGCAUGCAUAAUGCAGUCUUUCCAAUUAGAAAGCUACAAUUUGGAAACUUUCUUCAUAGACUGAUGAGAGAGCAAUUAUUUUAAAGAAGGGAAAGCUCAGUCCACUGGGUUUGCCUGGAGUCACUUCUGACUCAAGCCGCAAAGACAAGAGUUUUGAAAACAUAUUCGCUAUUGAAUUUCGUAUGAAAACACCAGCAAGGAGUGCAAUUAGUUGCUGUAAACCAAACCCCUGGUAAUCAAUGGUAUGCAGCCAGCCAGAGCGUUUAUGGAAGAUGUAAGCAAAAUCACAUCUGCUAAUCAAUUUUAAAAAAUCCAACACUUCACGGCUUUUAGGGAGACUCCACAAUGAGAAUAAGAGAAGAUGGAGAAGCCAGCAUUUAAUGUCACUGGGCAUUUCAUGCAGUGCUCAUUAGGGAGAGAGGUUUGUGGCAACAGCUAAACACAGCCCUGAUCUGCAUCAAUACGUCUUGGCCAGUGGCUCCCUGUAUUCAACCUCUUUUGAAAAUGGCUUCUGAUGUAUGGGUGGAGGUGUGGAUGUGCUGGGUAUGUUUCAGGAGCUCAUCUCAGUUAAGGUCAGAGGGAGUGUCUGUCCUGGCUGAGCUCGCUGUGCAAAAAUUCCCAGAUAGAUUGCAAGUGCAAAGACAUAAGAACAGACUUUGCAGGCAGGGGAAGAAGUAGAGGGAAUUGGUAGGUUUUUUCAUUUGCGCCUUAUUAGAACAGAAUUCCUCUCUAUGAUAUAAAAGAGAUUGAGCCAGUUUUUACUUUAGUGUCUCUAAGUUGCUUUUUUUGGUCAAAUUAGUGAAGGGAUUUUCAUUCCUGAUUAAGCCUAAAUUCCAAGCAAAUAUGCAUUCUGGCAUGUCAAUUAGAAUCCGGGCUUAAAAACUCCACAAUGUGCUUGUGUCCGAGCCCUAGGCUUGAUAAUCUGAGCUCUGUCUGUCUUCCCUUCCCACUCAGAAGUCACCAUGACCCCACAUUUCAGCCCCUAGGGACCCUUAAUCAAGGAACAGAAAGAUGUCUCAGCCAGCAUGUACACUUGGCUGCUGUUCAGAAAAAAGAAUUUAGGCCAGAAGAAAUGAUUGAGGUAAAGAUCGAUAGACUAGGCUGAUAAAAAUUAAUGUCUUCAGCAUGCAGACUAUGAUAGGCAGUAGUAGAUUAAUAUCCUUUAGAUAGGGAGGACACUUAGUUAUUAACAAAAGGAUAAAUAUAAGUCAAAAAUGGGAAAGAAGUUCCCAUUCAGUGAUAAGUAAAAAACAUCAAAUUAAUAAGAUAUAUUUCAUCUAUCUAGUUGGUAGUAUUUUUAGUAUUGGUGAUAUUGUGUAUAAACAAGAAUCUACUAUAUACUGCUAGUAGUGAACUAAUUGGUUUAGAUUUCCAUGUGGGGUGGAGGGAAGAGAAGUAUACAACUACUUUGUAAGACACAUCAAUACUUUAAAAUGUUUGUAUGCCCUGCUCCAGGUGUUUUGCUUACAGAAACUUUCAAAGGCAGUAACAAUAGAUUUAGCUAAGAAUGUUCCUUAUAGAAUUUAGUAACAGUGAGAUGUUAUCAAUGCCAUACAUAAGCAUUAGUAAGAGUCUGAUUAAAUAAGUUGUGGGACAAUCAUACAAUGAAAUACUAUAAAGUCAGUACAUAUGAUAUAGAAGAAUAUUGCAUAAUUCAAAAUAUAUUUAUAAUAGAUUAAGUAAAAGAAGCAAGUCUUGAACAGUAAGUACUGUGUAUAUAUGUUUGCAGAAUUACUGGAAUUACAGAUGAUCUGCAUCUUAAAAUAAUGAUUUGCCUUGAAACAAAGUGGAGGACUUUAUAGGACAAGCCACCCAUAGGGCCUGGUGUAAACAACUUUAAACAUUCCCUGAGUCAACUUUCACUCCAGGAAUCUCUACUGCAGCGUUUAUGGUACUCAUAAAUGGUCCUCCUUCUGUAUCUUCUCCAUAUCCCAUAUUCUCAAGGUGACAUAUCUUGAAAUCUGAUUAGGUUCUGUCCCAAAAGGACUGAUUGUUUUCAUUUGGCUCCUCUGUAGAACACUGACUUGUGAUUGUCUAAGGCUGGGAGUUAUGGUAAACCUGUGUCUCCAUUAGUAAUCCAAAAUCUCAUUCUGGAAGUCUCAACGUUGCCUCCCAACAAACCCAUUACCACAGCUGUUCAAUGAAGAGAAUGAUUAAUUUGAAAUGUUUUCCUGGUAUUAAUCUGUGCAGGCAGAGUUAGGAAUUUCAGCCCAGUGCAUGUAUGGAACAUACUCCAUGUACAGAGCCCAUGUGUUUGGACUAGAAUCUUUUUUUCAAAAGAAAGAUCUAGGAUCUUUCUAAAUGAAAGCCACACAAAAUGGCAGCAAAAAAUACAUUUUUUAGAAGUUACUCAAAUAUAAAUUAAUACUGGCUAUCUGCAUAUUCAAAGAAAUGACUAAUAUAGAAAUGAUUCAUUUUCUUGUCAGGCAGGUUGGUUUAAUCUAGGAGUAGAAUUAUUGGACACUUAAGAACAGUAGGGCAGAUCUCACUAGUCCAAGUGAUCAAUUUCAGUUCACAGUUGAUCACACUGAUAGGUCUAAGAGUCAAAGGGAUCACAUAAACAAGACUAGUGUCUGCUAAUACUAACUGAUAGAAUUAAAAAGGAGAGAACAAGCCAACAUGGGAAGUGGGAUACACAGCAGACUCAUAGAAUGGCAGAUGUCCUAAACAGCAUUCUGGCCUCAGAAUCAUCCCUUAAGGCAUUCGGAUCCAGCUGAAGAGCCCAUGAGAGUAUUUUAGGCAUGGAAAGCCAAGACACUCUGGCAAAAAAAAGAAAAAGAGGACCUAAAUGAAAGAUCUCUGCGAGUGAGAUCCCAGUAGAAAGAACAGGGCCAUCAAAGAAGGAGGUACCUUUCUCUGAAGGGAGGAGGGAACUUCCACUUUGACUGUGACCUUGUCUGAAUAAGAGCGAAGUCAGUGAACUCAAAAGGCUUCCAUAGCCUUGGCAACUCAUGACUAGAGCCUGGGGUGAUUACUGACGCCAUAAACCAGAGUGUUAAAUUGUUAAGUCAACAACAGGGUCACUGUGUACUUCCUCCUCAUGUGGGAUCUCUGUCCUUAAUAUGUUGUCCAAUGUGAAUUAAUGCUAUAACUAGUACUGAAACAAUAUUUUAUACUUUAUGUUCUGUGUGGGUGCAAACAGAUGAAAUCUUUACUUAAUAUAUACUAAAUUGAUCCUCUGUAUAUAAGGAUAAUUGAAAAUGAAUCUUGGGCCGGCGCCGCGGCUCACUAGGCUAAUCCUCCGCCUUGUGGCGCCGGCACCCCCAGUUCUAGUCCCGGUCAGGGCAUCGGAUUCUGUCCCGGUUGCCCCUCUUCCAGGCCAGCUCUCUGCUGUGGCCAGGGAGUGCAGUGGAGGAUGGCCCAAGUGCUUGGGCCCUGCACCCCAUGGGAGACCAGGAUAAGUACCUGGCUCCUGCCUUCGGAUCAGCGUGGCGUGCCGGCCGUGGUGGCCAUUGGAGGGUGAACCAACGGCAAAGGAAGACCUUUCUCUCUGUUUCUCUCUCACUGUCCACUCUGCCUGUCAAAAAAAAAAAAAAAAAAGAAAA